CGGAGCCGCUCGGCUGAGUCGGGAUCGGCGGGGCGCGACCGGCGCACGGACCGAGCCGGGCUGAACCGAGCCGAGGCAACCAAACCGAGCCACCCUGCCGAACCGAACUGAGCCCAGCCGAACCAUCCCUGCCGAACCCAUCCCUACAGCACCGAACAGAGCCAAACCCGUCCCUCCGGCACGCAGCUGAUCGCUAAGGCACGGAACCAGAUCCAUCCCUACCGCACCGAGGCCAUUUCCGCACCCAGCCCAUCUCUACGGUACCGCGCCUAGCCGUGCCCUACGGCACCGCACCGCGUCCUACGGCACCGCACCGAGCCCAUCUGUACAGCAGCGCCCCUGCCCUGCGGCACCGCACCGCAUCCCGGGGCACCGCACCGAACCCGUGCCCUGCGGUACCGCACCGCAUCCCGGGCACCACACCGCAUCCCGGGCACCGCACCGAACCCGUGCCCUGCGGUACCGCACCGCAUCCCGGGCACCACACCGCGCCCUAAGGCACCGCGCCCUCCGGCACUGCUCCCCUUGCCCCGGUGCCCGCAGCACCGCGCCCGGCGGGACCAUGAUGUCGUGUGCCGAGCUGCUGGCCGUGUGCCUGCUCUCCGCAGAUCGCGGCCCCAAGCCCCGCCGCCAGCCGCUGCCCAUCUUCCACGACAUUUUCCGGCGAGCCGACAAGAACGAUGAUGGGAAGCUGUCAUUUGAGGAGUUCAAGAACUAUUUCUCUGAUGGCAUCCUGAGCUCGGAGGAGCUGUGGGAGUUGUUCAGUGGCAUUGACAGGCGUCACUCAGACAACGUGGACACGGAGAAGUUGUGUGAUUAUUUCUCAGCAUACCUGGGGGAAUACAGGAACGUUCUCUCUGCCCUGGAAACGCUCAACGCUGCGGUGCUGGCAGCCAUGGACAAAACCAAGCUGAGGUACGAGACAGCCUCCAAGAUGGAGCAGUUCCUGACGCGGUUCCUGCUGCGGGAAACCAUGCACCAGCUGCAGUCCCUGCAGGCGUCCCUCGAGUGCGCCGUGGACACCGUGGAGGAGCAGGCGGGGCGGGAGAGAAAGGAGAUCAAGAAGUCGGAGACUUCGGUUGGCCUGAGGUCGGGGAGGCGCUGUGGGCGCAGGGGACAGAAGAACGUCUGUCUCUCCCCAACAGACCCCUACUCUGGGAUGCUGACAACAGGUGUUUGUGUCGAGGACAACAGCCAGUGGAUGGCUCAGAUCAACAGGCUCCAGCAGCUCAUCGAGAAGCUGGAGUGCAAGGUGUGUGCCCAGGGGGUGCUGGGGCUGCCCCACACCUGGGCACAGCCACGGCAGUGCUGGGACCCCCCUCCCAUCCGUGCCAGCACCCCCUCUUCAGCCCUGGCAUGGCACAUCCUGGUGGCCAAGAGGCAGAUCUCGGUGGCCACGAGCAGCAUCGAGCAGUUCCGGCGGGCGGUCCGCUCCUACACCGAGGGCACGGCCGGCCACAGCAGCUGCCUGCAUGUCUCUGCCUGCAAGCUGACUGACGAGGCGUGCUUCAUCCUGUACGAGUUCUGGCAGGACGUGACCUCGUGGAGAAGCCAUUUGCAGUCCAGCUGCAGCAAGACUUUCCAGCAGUCCAUCCUCAGCCUGCUGGAGUCCCCGGAGCUGCUGACCACCAUGCUGUUCCCAGCUUCCUGGUGGAUCAUGAACAACAACUGACCCGGGGCAGCGUCUCCAGGACACCAUCAGCAUGCGGGAGGACGUGGGCACGGCCUUUGUCACCUUUGUCACCUCCCUGUCCCUCCACUCCCUCCUGUGGCCAGCGGGGGCUGCCUGCCCUUGGCCCUGCCGGUGUUUUGCUCCUUUGCUCUUUUCAUGUUAAUUUAUUUAUUUCUCCUGCUCCUAAGCCAGUGUCUGAGCUGCCUGGGGGGCUCUGGGUGGGGUGGCAGCCCUGCCCCGGGGGGAGCACCCCAGGAGCCUUCAGUCCCUCUUGCACUCAGCUCCUCUUCCUCCUGCCUCUGGGGCUGCCCAGGGAUGGGCAGGGGACACGGCCCUGGCCAGCUGUGACAUCCAGCCCAGGGAGCCAGGUGGCCUGAUAUGGGUUGUCAAGAGUGUUUUAUAGGGAAAAAAAUAUUUCCUGAAGUGCUUCUGGCAAGGUGUACCUGCUCGUGGCCUGCCACGCUGGCAGCAUGUGGCUCUGAGGCUGGCUUUGUGCCCCAGCAGCUGUGCCCACGGCUGAACC